AUGAACAACCAGGGAAAUUUCCAUAACGGAAGAGCUAAUAACAACAAGGGAGGAGUAGGACCUGCAGGGGGGGGGAACUCCAAUUUGAACCCAACUUUAAAAGCCACCCCCCCGUAUAAUAGCAAGAAGAACUUCCCCAAGGGGGGCAUGAACUACGGCAGCAGCGGUGGCAAAAUUCCCGGCGCGCCAAGCAAAAAUUGCGGCUUCACGCCUGGGGGUUAUGCGGGCGUAGGGCCUACCCCCCCAAGUGGGAUUCCUCCUCCGAGUGGCAUACCUCCGCCAAGUGGUAUACCCCCACCAAGUGGCAUACCUCCACCGUCUGGAAUUCCCCCUCCGAGUGGCAUCCUCUUCAUGAACAAAAACUUCAACCCUCCGAAGGUGCCACCAUUACCGAGUUACCCGAACAGCAACGCUAUAAGUCCCCCUCCACCAGCUGCUCCGCCAGUUGCUCCACCUGCAGCACCACCGGCCCCACCUCCAAUCGCACCGCCGAUCCGACCACCAGUAGCACCUCCAGUAGCCCCCCCAGCAACACCACCCCCAGUUGCACCGCCAGUUACGCCACCAGACAGCAGCUGCAUCAUGAAGGAGGGGGGACCAAGCAUAUUUCCACUCCACAACAAUUUAAAAAGCAAGAACGCCAAUAUAUAUGUCAACCCAGGUGGAAGCAAGUACCACCACAUGGGGAUGAACCCUCCUCCCCAGCCGAUGCCCCCCCCAAGUGGGAGAAUGAACAAUUUCCCCCCCUGCCCAACGGGCCCAAAUAGCAUCGUUGUAGGAGGGAACAGCUUUCAAAUGCAGAGAAAAAAUCAGAUGAUGCAUCCCCCGCAUGGAGGUGAGAAGAACAACCCCAUGAUGCUUGACAUAACACCUGGGUUAAACAGUGUAGAUAAUUUCCAUAGAGAUGUAAAAAAAGACGAUGGAAUUUUUCUAGGAAAUUUCAGAGGUCCCCCUCCCCCGUAUGGUAGGCCCAUACCUCCGCCGUACGGUCUGAGCGGUGGGCAUAUGUUCCAGGGGGAGGCAUACCCGGGGGAAGCAUAUCCGGGGGAAAUAUACCCAGGGGACGGAUACCCGUUGGAUGGAUACCCCGGGGAGGGAUACCCUGGAGAAGUGUACCAAGGUGACCUUCCCAACAGAGGAGCCACAAAAGGGGACCAGAAAAACGAAGCAAAAGGCAACCUGGUGACCUGCAACAUAAACGUGGACGGAAGGGAACGACUCCAAAACGACUACAACCAAAACUUUGUAAACACAGGAGAAAGGCCACAGAAUUUUAUUAGAGACAGCGACGAAAACAAGAGGUUCGAUAAAUACCCUAAGCUGAAGCAACUACUAGAAUUGAAAAAUGUUAUUAUAAAGAAGAGGUCCACCCCAGCAAGGUACAUAAAUUGUGACUUAAGAACAUUCGACUUGGGAACGUUAGGUACCAAAUUUGACGUCAUCCUUAUUGACCCACCUUGGAAAGAAUACUACGAGAGGAAAAUUCACAACCUAGACUUACUGAACAGCAUGCACAUAGAAAACUACGACUUAAAUGGAGACAUAAAUAAUGACAAGGAUAAGUACUGGUCGGUUGAUGAUUUGGCCAGCUUAGAAAUUGAAAAAAUAGCAGAUGUUCCUUCGUUUCUUUUUAUUUGGUGUGGAAUCACGCAUCUAGAGGACGCUCGAAUUUUGUUGAGCAAAUGGGGCUACCGUAGAUGUGAAGACAUAUGUUGGUUGAAAACAAAUAUAAACGAAACGAAUAAAAAAAGAAAAUACCUGAACGAAAUAAACAAUGAAAACUCAUACCUUCAGAGAACCACAGAACAUUGCCUCGUUGGUAUUAAGGGAGCUGUUAGGCGUUCUUUAGACAUCCAUUUUAUUCACGCCAACCUGGACACGGAUGUUAUUAUAGCAGAGGAAACGGAUGAAAAUAUUUACAACAAUAAUAAGCCGGAGGAACUGUAUAAAAUUAUUGAAAAAUUUUGUCUGGGGAGGAGAAAGAUUGAACUUUUUGGUACUAAUAGGAAUAUCCGCAACGGGUGGCUGACUUUGGGCAAGAAUUUGGGUACCACUCUGUUCAAUAAGGAGGAGUACACUGGGUGGUUCGAGGGGGACAUCGCUUGGCCCGAGGCCACUUCCUAUGUGGGUGGCAAGUACAUGGGCACCACCACGGAGAUUGAAAACCUGCGGCCGAAAUCUCCCCCAAGGAACGCCACCUAG